CCUUACGCUUUCACAAAACUGGGAUCAAAACAAACGUGACAAACACGUGUUACGAUUAUAGCGGGAAGAAAUAAUUGUUAUUGCGCGGAUAAUAAAAUUAAAUUAACGAUUUAUCUUACAAAUAGCGCAUUUAAUAUGCAUCCCAAUACUUGUUCUACUAUAAUUCUUUAGAAAUCAUCUUUUAUAUUUCAACUUUUACACACAGUAAUCGAACGUCAAAAUAUACACUGAACAUUACUGAAACUAAAAACGAGCAAACAAAAAAUGAUGAAAGAGUGAAUCUACAAGUUUUUUUUUGCAUAAUGACAAACAAGUUUAAGACUUUGUAGAAUUUAUACACGGAAUUAUUUUGGAAAUUUCUUCACGAUAUUCCAACGUGAUUCUUCUGUUGAGUUGACUUAACAAGUGUAGCCUUACAUUGUUUUGAUAGCUGACAUUUGAAAUAUAUAUAUAUCGUUCGAAUGCGUAGAAUAUUCGAAGAUCGCCUCCGAAAUUUGUACUACUUUUACGCAAUCCUUUGCGAUUGUGUGGCUUACCCUUUGACACGAACAGAACGAUAAAAAAAAAGCUCGUUCUCUCUCUUAUCGAUUCUGCCAUAAUUGCGAAAUUAUCGGAUUCCGAUGUUUACUCUGCUGAAGAAAAUGACGCACAAUGGAUUUUUGGUCCGUUCUACCCAUACUGGUGGAUCUUACGAGGAAGCUAUAAAAGUGUUAUAUACUUUACAAAGUAAUGCUGCAUAUUUAAAAUCUGUUAUAAAGCAUGAUGUGAAUAAUCCUGAGAGAUUUAAAGAAACAGAGAAAUAUUUGCUCCGAUCCGGUAUUACUCUAGAGCAACUGGAUAGCUUAUCUAUUAUACACGUGGCUGGUACAAAAGGUAAGGGCACGACAUGCGCGUUUACGGAAGCAAUUCUGCGGCAGUACGGUUUCAGCACAGGUUUCUUCAGUUCACCGCACUUGGUCUCUGUAAGGGAGCGUAUCCGAUUAAAUGGCGAGCCGAUCAGUCAGUCGCAUUUUUCCCAUUACUUUUGGGAUAUUUAUCGGCGUUUGGAGCGAAAACGUGAAUACGAAUCUGAUAUGCCAACGUACUUCAAAUUCUUGACGAUCCUCUCGUUUCACGUGUUUUUGGAAGCGAACAUCGACGUGGCGAUCCUUGAAGUUGGAAUUGGUGGUGAACUAGAUAGUACCAAUGUCGUGCGGAAUCCAGUUUGCGUAGGCAUUACUAGUCUGGGUCUUGAGCAUACCUUGUUAUUGGGCAAUACCCUCGAAGAGAUCGCUUAUCAGAAGUCAGGAAUCUUUAAACCAUAUGCUGCGGCUUUUACGGUGCCACAACCGGAAAUAGCGAUGCGCAUUCUACGGAAACGAGCCGCGGAAAGACGAUGCCGCGACUUGCGAGUAGUUCCUGCAAUUCAGACACGCGAAUGGAACGAUGUCUUUUCAUCAGUGGGUCUCAACAGUAUACAGCAACAGAAUGCUUCGCUGUCGAUCAACCUAGCGCUGGAGUGGAUGAAAUCGCGAUGCGAUAAGCCACUAUUGCUGAUAAACAAUACGAUUGUAAACAAUACGAUUGUAAACAAUACGAAAUACGUCACUGGUUUUCGCGAUAAUUAUCAAAGUGAUAAGGUUGAUUUAUCUCAAACCGUAUAUUUAAACAAAACCGCGACAGCCUUGGCAAGCUGCAAAUGGCCAGGUCGCACACAAAUCCUGAGAACCAGUGUGGCAGAUUUCUUUCUGGAUGGCGCACAUACCGUCGAGAGUAUCGUUAAUUGCAUAUCAUGGUUCACGAGAGUCAAUCGAAAAACCUCCAGUAAAUUUCUAAUAUUCAAUACUAGCGGCGAUCGGAAUUCUCUACAAUUAUUAAAAUUGCUGAAAUCUCUGGAUUUCGACAAAGUUUAUUUCGCUCCAAAUUGUGUUGGAGUACCUAGUAUAGAGGAUAUGAAUUCAACACAUGCACAAAAUAUGAUGAAGGAGCAAAGAAAGAAAUGCGAGAAACACUGUGAGUUGUGGGGCGAAAAUUCGGAAGUGAAGAACAAUGUCACCGAAGUACUCAUUGAUAUUAAAAGGUAUGCAUCGUUGAAGAUGACCAGGAACGAUAAAAUGGAAGUACUUGUAACAGGUUCUUUACAUUUGAUUGGCGCGGUAUUAACUAUUAUAGAUCCUAAUUUAACAAUGAGCAGUGAUUUUUAAUGUGCAAAAAUGCAAUUAAAAUUUAAUUUGUUAAGA